UCUCCUAAGUCCUUCUUUACUGCAUUAAAUUAAAUUCCCAGUAGGUGACGCUCUCUGCCAACACCGAGCACAACACUGCAAUGGGGAGGCACACGUUGACUUGAGUAUAACGACUCCAAUCUCGUCAUCAUUUGUAACCAUAGAGCAUGAAUUACCUCUUGAAGUCAUCAGUGAGAAUUUACGACUGGUCAACAAGAGCACGUGAUUCUCAAACGCACCCCCACCCCCAUAUUUGGCCGCAUACAUAGCAAAAACGAAGUACAGUGCAUUGCUAUAAUUCAUUAAUACAUCAUAAAUCGUGAAGCACAGCGUUAUAACGACCAAGAUCUACAAAUCAAGCCCUCUAAAACAACCUAAAUGAGCUCUUACUUUGUAAACUCGUUCUCAGGGCGCUACCCAAAUGGCCCCGACUAUCAGUUACUAAAUUAUGGAACUAGCAGCAGCGCUAUGAACGCCUCGUACAGGGACUCCAGCACCAUGCAUUCGGGCUCUUACGGCUACAACUACAAUGGCAUGGACCUGACCGUCAAUCGUUCAUCCAAUACUGGCCACUUUGGGGCUGUUGGGGAUAACUCCCGGGGUUUCCAGUCUCCCGCUCCGGAGACGCGGUUCAGGCAGCCGUCAAGCUGCUCGCUUGCGUCCCCGGAGCCGCUGCCGUGCUCCAACAGCGAGAGCCUGGGACCCAAAUGCUCAUCGCCCCUUUCCGACCAGAGCGCCUGCACUACGGGAAGUAACCUCACCAACACCACACAUUUCACUGAAAUAGACGAGGCGAGCGCUUCCUCCGAGACCGAGGAGGGCACCCAUAGAGCCAGCGGCAACACCGCCGCCCGGACGCAGCAGAAGCAAGAGUCCACAGCUACCUCCACCACCACGGCAUCGAGCGAUGGCCAAGCACCACAGAUAUUCCCUUGGAUGCGGAAACUGCACAUUAGCCAUGAUAUGACUGGACCAGACGGCAAAAGGGCCCGAACAGCAUACACUCGCUAUCAGACGCUAGAGCUGGAAAAAGAGUUCCAUUUCAAUAGGUACCUUACCCGGAGGAGGAGAAUAGAGAUAGCCCACGCGCUGUGCCUCUCAGAACGGCAAAUUAAGAUCUGGUUCCAAAACCGAAGAAUGAAAUGGAAAAAGGACAAUAAACUGAAGAGCAUGAGUCUGGCUACUGCAGGUAACGCUUUCCAGCCAUAGACGUCACGCAAGUAAAUAAUACACUACGUGGGGUGAAAAGAAUACACACAUUCAAAAUAGUUUUUAAAAACACUAUAACUGAGUACUGUACAACGCGGCAUCUUUUGGCAUGUUGUUGAUGUUUUAGGGCAACUUAACUUCUACUGUUGUACUGCUUCUAUAAAAAACAGUUCAUGUUCAUAUGUUGUUGUCUUUUUAAUACAACAGUGAUUAUUGUUUGGAGGGGGGAAAAAAGAAAAAUAGCUAUCAAUGCCGCCCGUUGUUAUUGUUAUAAAUAUCGUUUACGUGUCAAGUGCUAUGUUACUGCUUUCUUGAAAGCUGGCAUGUGAGCUCUUAAAUGUUAUAACUUAUUAACAAACUAUAACGAAUAUACUUUUGAGUUUACAGCUUUAGAGACUCCUCUGCCCAAAUAUGAAGUUAAGCUAUAUUAAACAGGCCCCUGUAAUUGCUUUAGCAGAAGUCUCGGUGUGUUAUAUAUGGUGAUCUUCAUGUUUUCAUACCAUUGUUUGAAUCAUAUCUUUGGAUUUUGUCAUGUGUUUAAAUUACUCAUUUAUUUUUUGAAAAAAAGGAAACCUGUAUAAAAAAAUCUUGACUAGAAUUCCUGUAUCCGUUCAUGCGUUUGUAUAGUUAUAUUCAAAAUGUAAUUGUAUAUUAUUGGAUCAUGCUUAUGUUCCAGAAAGGAUGUAUAUAUUAGACAUUUUUAAUGUGACCAAUUGGCUAUUUGUAUUGGGCAGAGUGAAUGACAAGUGCGUGGGGGAAAAUGACAAUUGUCAUGUCGGACUGCCUGUAAGCAUUUUGCCAAUAAGCUUUUUUGUAUUUGUUUGUAGCUUACCUUGGAGUACAAAAUAAAGUUCCUCAUAAUCAGA